CGCAACGCUCGCAACAGUUGCCGGCGCGCGCCGGUCGAAGAACUUCCGCCGGGUGUUGUGCGUUUCCCGCGAUUCGGCAGCGGUGAUGGCUGCUGCUUGUGUUGCUUCCACCGCCGCAGCCCGCUGCGGUAGCGUCGACGGAUCCCGGGCGGCGCGAUCGCGACCCGCGGCGCGCUGAUAUGGUUUCCCCGAAGGCCCCCGAACGACACUGCGGACGUAGAGCGAGGCUUUGGACGCAAGCGUCACCGAGAAAAGCCGAGAAGAGGCAGCGAUGAGCGAGUUCGCCGAAAAGGACAAGUGGGUCUGUCCCAACGACCGGGAGCUGGCGUUGCGGGCAAAGCUGCAAACGGGCUGGUCGGUGAAGACGGGUGCCCUGAGCAGCUUCACUCGCCACGAGCAGCUCAACGAUAGCGAACAGGAGCUCAUCGUGGGCGUCAUCAAGAGGGCCGACAUGCUCGAACAGCUCGAGCAGCGACGAGUGGGGCGCCUUGUCGACCGGCUGGAGAACAUGAAGCGGAACGCGCUCGGUAACGGGACGAGCCAGUGCGUUCUGUGCGCCAACGAGUUUGGGCUGCUCAGCGGUUCUCCGCUCACGUGCUACGACUGCAGGAAGGCUGUGUGCAGCAAGUGCAGUGUGGACACCUACGGCGCCCAGAAGGAACAAAUAUGGCUAUGCAAAAUUUGCUCAGAGACUCGGGAGAUGUGGAAGAAGUCCGGUGCCUGGUUCUACCGCGGCCUGCCCAACUACGUGGUGCCGGAGAAGACCGAGACGACUUGCCGGUACGGUCCCGUGAGGAGCAACCACAACGGCACCGAGGCGACCUCUGCGGCGCUCGUCGGCCGAGGAUGGCACAGGGGGACGCAGAAUGAGAAAGACCUGAGCGACAGCUCCGAAGACGAGUCGAAAGGAGUGCGCGUCAACAGGAGGGUCAUCACCAGGAAGGCUCUCUACGACUCGACGGACAGCGACUCGUCGGCGAGUCCACGGAUGGGCAGCGGAUUUCCGCUCUCGCCAGACCCAAGCUCGGAGAGGCUAAACAAGCCCGACGGUUCUGGGGACUUGAUCAGGCCAGACCAUGCGUCCGACGUGUCUUCGAGUCGCAACUCGCCGACGCCCAGCGUGCGCUCCCACCACUCGGACAUGGCCCCUUGGAGGCAACGGCAACUGCAGAGGGAGAAGGAGGCCGCUGCGGCCGCCGCAGCCGAAGACGACGACAGCGAAGAUGCGACCAGUGCGCAUCGAUUCUCGCCUUAUCUCGUCGAGGACCGCUCGGCCGACAGCCUGGGCAGCAUCGGCGGCACGGGCCGCUACGUGAGCGCCCAUCCGCCGCGAUCGUCGCGCCGGGAGCUGCUCGACGUUGAAGGCGGCGACGACGCGAGCAGCAACGGCAGCCGCGCCGACUCAAUAUCGGCGGGCACCCUGGAGUUCUCACUGCUUUUGCUCAACGGCGGCAAGGCGCUGAAGUGCAUCAUCCACCGCGCAAAGGAGCUCUACGGCACAGACUACAGCGGCUUCUCCGAUCCCUUCGUCAGGGUACAACUCCUGCCCAGCUUCAAAAAGGGUGAUACGAAGCAGACAAAGACUCUGCACAAGACCGUGAAUCCCGAGUUCAACGAGACUCUCGUAUUCCACGCAGAUAGCGCCAUCGACGAACGAAAGCUCAAGCUGACCGUGCUGGACGACUACCGGUUCGGGAGCUGCGCCCUUGGCUCGACCACGGUGCCACUCUCGCUGCUCACGCCCAACCAGAUGUGCUGGCUCAACGCAGCCCUCGACAGGAGCCGACAGGGUCGUGACGAGGCGUCGUGCCCGCUGAGCGCGGACCGUCCCCGGGUGCUGGUGUCUCUGAUGCAUGCCAGCGGCCGCAACCAGCUCAUCGUGGGCCUCGUGCGAUGCGUGCGGCUAAUGCGCAGGGACCGGACACCGACGGCGCCCUUCGUGCGACUAAAUCUGAAGCCCGACGCUGGCCAUCCCGGCUGGAAGACGACCGCAAAGAAGAAGACCGCGGAUCCCGAGUACAACGAGGAGCUCGCCUUGGGCCUGCAGUCGAACGGAGAUCUUGCCAAGCACUUUCUGCAAAUCACCGCCUGGGACAAAGACAGCGGGAAACCGGACGAAUAUCUGGGUGGCAUCGAGCUGGGCCUGCAUUGCAAGCGGGACCAGUUGCAACACUGGGUGGACGUGGCGCGCUUUCCCGACCAGCGCUUCGAGCGCUGGCACCCAUUGGUCGACGUGCCGCUGGUGCCUUGACGAGCGCAGCGGCCUCGCUCCUGCCUCUACGCCCUGCGACAACUCGCCUGCUCUUUCGCUCCCGGCCAGGCUUCUUCAACCAAGCGAUGAGAGCCUCUUACAUCGAUCGAAACGCCUUCACGGCGAAGUCACCGUGACGUUAUCUCGCUGUACACCGUUCCAUGUCGCCGCGCUGAACUUGCGGGGAGUUAUAUUCUUCUCAAGAGGGCAAGAAGAGUAGAAACCGUGUCACACGCAACUCUAUAUGGUAUUUCAAUUCUAUUGCUGUUGAACUUGCCAGUGCAGUUUGCCGCGCGCGAUCAACACAUCACAGGACUUCGUAUUGUAUAUAGGUUGCGGCUCCAAAUGAUUUGCAUCGACUUUUCAUUCCUUAUCCGAACGUUCGAAAGUGUCUUGCAGAUUCGAGGAAACUGAUUAACAUAUUUAGCGUCACUGUUCUUCGUACAACGAUCCACCAUCAGUUGUACUUCAAGUUCACUUGGGUCUAGGUCCUUUAUGGAAGAAAAAAAAAGAAAAACAGAACAUGAGACCGCAGUAGAUGCUUCUGCAAACCUAAUAUAGCUCCUUUCUUGUUGUUGUCGUUGAACAGAUGUUAAGAUGGAACCUUAACUUUAUUACUUCAUACGGAAAGCUUAAGAUUAACGGAAAAGAAUACGAACGAUGUGUGCGCCGAUAUGAGGGUUGUUUCGGCUUGCUGAGAGCUUUACCGAACUUAAUGACCGUCUGUGCUCUUCUUCAUAGUGAACGUUUGCGUACCUCCACGUUGCAUGAGCUGUGCUUAACUUUCACCUUCUUCAUGGACUCUCUGCCCACAUCACCCAUCAGACAUCGUUGAGUAGCCGACGAAACGACAGCUUUUGCUUCAUAUACUAUACCUUUCCUUAUGUCUUUGUCCCCAGUUCUGAAUGUAUUCUAUGUACGACUAGCCCCGAAAACAGCUCAAUGGCGGCCACAUUACGUCUCAAG